AUGCAGAGUCUGUCAUUACCGCGUCCGAACUCACAUCCCUCAACGCCGUUUGGGCGACCUACAGAGCCAGAAGUCGGUCUGGCAAAGCUUUUCUCCAAGUUCAGUCCCAGCAGGUCUGAACAGCAAGGCUACCCAUCCCCUCCCAUGUCAGAGCCUCAUUCUCCUUCCCAACGCCCAGCACGUACUGUUGAAUCUGAGCGUCACCAGUACCCUGCGCCAGUAAGUGCACCCCACAGGGUCGAAGCCGGUCCGCCUUUACCGCCGCCGCCAUCAGCGUUGUUCGAUCCUCGGCAGCCAUUGCCGAGCCAAAGCAAUCCACAGCAGAGGCCUCUGUAUCCUGGUGGACAUCACCCGCAACAGCAGGCGCAUCACUACCAGCCUGGACAUGCAACUGAAUAUGCAUCCUAUGGAGCACCAUCAGCUCCACAGAGCUAUGCGUACGGCUAUCCACCUGCCGGCGCAUCUUCUUACGGCCCUGGAGCGCAACACGCAGGACCCCAGACACAGCCCGCGGCAAUGAUAGCACCACCACCUGCCAGGCCUACUAAACCAGCAAGACGAACAAAAGCCCAUGUGGCCUCAGCUUGUGUCAACUGCAAGAAAGCGCAUCUCAGCUGCGAUGUUCAGCGCCCGUGCGGACGAUGCGUCGCGUCUGGAAAACAGGACACAUGCAAGGACGUGCUACACAAGAAACGAGGAAGGCCACGACUAAGAGACGAUAGGGACUUUACUAGACGGGAGGAGGGAAGACAACAGCCUGAUCAGACUCUAGGUUCGAAUCUUCCACCGUCAACAGAAGCUUUUGCGCACCAAACAUUUUACCCAGCUUCGAAUUCGCAUCGAGUCGCUGAUCUACCCCGUACAGCGGUUGCACAAAGAGGGAAUAGCAUUCCAAACGUAGUCGCAUCUUCCAUCGGAGGUCGUACCCUGAGCGUCGGCAGCUAUGGUGGUGGGGUGCCCGCAUCCCCUUACGGUGUGGGACCGGAUUUGGCGUACCAAUCUUUGCCCGUUGCGUUCCUGAACUUGGACCUAGUGAUCCAGAAGUCGAACCAAGCAUUUCAAGAUUUGGUUUCCUUCCUGGGAAGCGUGGGAGGAAAACACCUGGGAGAGCUACUCGAACCGAGACAGAACGAAAGCUUGCAACGGUUGCGCAAUGACCUCCGCGACGAGCGAGACGAACGCGAGCCGGCCUACAUGGCGCCCAUCACUCCGAUCGGGCACGAUCCAAUGCGCUCAGUGAUGGAGUCUGUCGCAGACCGAGAUGUCGAACAUGUCAGUCAUGGGUUUACAGAUAGGCCCGUCUUCCUGAGCUAUCGUCUUCCCAAUGGACAGUACCAGUCUCUCCAGACCCAAAUCCGACUUGCGAAAACCUCGCUGUACUUCGUCACGCUGGUCGUGCGUACACUACCGCCUACGCCUCUUCGUCCUCCUCUUUUGACGCAGCAACUGGCGCCUCCUACGCCCGUCAACGCGUCGCAGUCUAUGUCGGCACCUACACCUCUCCUAACGAGGACUGGGCACUAUACUCCUCAACAAGUUCGACCGCCAUCAUCGGCAAGCUCCGCGCCUAAUUCACCCUUCUCUUUCAACUUUUCAUCGGCUCGAACAUCGCUGCCAAACUUCAGUCCCAGCUCUUACGCAAGUAGCACGACCUACGGCUACUCUCCCACUGCUGGCCCAGAAGCGGGCUAUUUCCCGACCUACCAACCCCCGCAGUCGGUAGCACAUGCUCCUCCUUACGCAUCUGCACCUCGAACUGGGUCAGUAAUAUCUGAACCUUUGCGCGAACUUAAUCAUCCAGCUCGACUCGAGGGUCUGCAGCUUCCUCCGAUCCGCACUGGUCCAGCUCCUCUAGGCUCACCACUCCACCUUGCGACGAGCCAUAGCACGACAGAUAGCAAUCGAGAGCGCGUGCGACGAAGAGAGUCGAGUUCAAGUGCCGAUAAACGUCCAGAUACACCUGGGGAGGCUGGUAAGCGUCGUCGCCUCAAUAUCAGCGAAGUGUUGGAGUAG